UGCGUAGGUAAACAACGGAAGCACAUUUCUGUGCCGAGGUGAUUUGUCAUGACAGGGAGUGAGUGGCAUCGGACGAAAGACGAAACGUUUGUAGUCUGCAGGCAACAACACACGACAUCGCCAUCACCACAACAGCACCAGAUCGCCAGCAGCCAUAUCCAUCGUUUGUGGGGGACCUCACCAUUGAUUGUUCUUGAAAGGUUGGCCAUGCUUAAGGCCCUGGAACGGAUGGCGGGCAGUCCCAGAUGUGAAAAGCGCCUCAUUGACGAGGGCUUGUUCGAGGCGCUUGUGGGUCUCUGCUUCAACGAAGUCGCUUCCUUCGUCCACGGAUGCCAGAACUACCUCCGCCAGCGCCGAGAGAUAGAAGGCGUUUUUUCUUCUGCGGCGACGCCUCCAUCCGCCGCCGCCGCUGGUGCUGCCACGAGCAGCUCGCGCACGAAAGGCGGAGGUGGCGCGCGCUGCGAGUCCAUCGUGUCCACCGGAGGCAUGUCUGCAGGGGCGGGGGCAGGGGGGCGGAGGAAGGAAGCCGAAGGGCGGUUCACCGAGGAAAAACUCGAGGUGGCCAUGGACGUGGCGAGAACGUGCAUGGCGAUGUUCGCGCACCUGACGGCGAGGGGUCACGGCAGACGAGCCCUGCACGCGGGGGUGCUGGCUCACAUCAACAGCGUGCCCAUCGGGGCUGGAGACGAUCCUCACAUGACCGGAUCUCUAAGCCAGCUUGUGCUCGACCUGUCCGCAGUUGCCAUGGAAGGAGAGGAGAACCGCCUUUCCUUCGUGGGACAGGGGCCCCUUGACGCCAUCAUGCGGUGCCUUAGGGGGGGACGGGCGGCGCAGCAGCAGUGCGCUCUCGACGCCCUGACGACGGUUUGCCUUCUUUCGGAGAUGAAACCUCUGGUGUUCUGCCGGGAGGUCCUCGGCGAGGUGCUCAUGCUUGCCGCCGUGCAGGAGCACGUGCAGCCCGCCGCCUUCGUCUUGCACCAGUUUUCUCUUCUGUCGGAGUGGAGGUCACCCCUCGUGCGGGGAGGGUGCGUAGAUCUCCUGGUUGCUGCUAUCGCCCACGCCACAGGCCCGGAGGCUCCGCCGCAGGAAGAGGCGUGUCCGAUCCUAGAGUCCGCCGUCGCCGCAAUCCGACAAAUCACGAAGCUCGAAGGCGCCGGCCGGGUAUUGGUGGAUGCGGGCGGUUUGUCCCAGCUGUUGCGGCUGAGCCGUUCCGAGCGAGAAAACAUCCGGAGGGACGCCUGUCAGGCCCUCAAGCACAUCGGUCACAGAGGCAGAGACAGGGAGAGGGACCACAAGUCCGAGAGCCAAGAAACCGUGGAGGGUUCGGCAUCUACAGAUUAG